CAUUGCGGCCUGAAAACCCUUCAGACGAACGCAUAUUGCCAUGGCCACGAACGGUGCGGCUGCGCCUCCAGCAGCUCCAACGACCGUCAAGAUCCAGGAAGUCCAACAGACCAACUCGCGCGAAAACCGAACGGCAGCUCAUUCACACAUCAAAGGCCUUGGUCUACGCUCAGAUGGCUAUGCCGAUACAAACGCGCAGGGAUUCAUCGGCCAAACCGCUGCGCGCGAAGCAUGCGGCGUAGUUGUGGACUUGAUUCGGGCGAAGAAGAUGGCUGGAAAAGCUAUCCUGCUCGCUGGUGGACCUGGAACUGGAAAGACGGCAUUGGCACUUGCGGUUAGUCAGGAGCUUGGAACCAAGGUCCCGUUCUGUCCGAUGACCGGCAGUGAAGUGUACAGCGCCGAGGUGAAGAAGACGGAGGCAUUGAUGGAGAACUUCAGAAGAGCCAUCGGUCUGCGGGUGCAGGAGCGGAAAGAGGUGUACGAAGGUGAAGUGGUGGAACUCACGCCGGAGGAGAGCGAGAACCCAUUGGGGGCUUACGGCAGGACGAUAUCACAUCUGAUGAUCACGCUUCGAAGCUCAAAAGGAACGAAAAAGUUGCGAUUGGACCCGAGCAUCUACGAGGCGAUACAGAAAGAGCGCGUGAGAUUGGGCGACGUGAUCUAUAUCGAGGCCAACACGGGUGCUGUGAAGAGGGUGGGGAGAUCAGACGCUUUUUCGACGGAAUUUGAUCUCGAGGCUGAGGAGUACGUGCCAGUGCCCAAGGGUGACGUUCACAAGAAGAAGGAUAUUGUUCAAGACGUGACGCUGCAUGAUUUGGAUGUCGCGAAUGCGAGACCGCAGGGUGGGCAGGAUGUCAUGAGCAUGAUGGGACAAUUGAUGAAGCCACGCAAGACGGAGAUUACAGAAAAGCUGCGAGGCGAAAUUAACAAGGUUGUGAACAAGUACAUCGACCAGGGCAUCGCCGAGUUGGUUCCGGGAGUUCUCUUCAUCGAUGAGGUCCACAUGCUCGACAUUGAAUGCUUUACCUACCUCAACCGCGCCCUCGAAUCCACAAUCUCACCCAUCGUCAUCCUAGCCUCGAACCGCGGCCAGACCACCAUUCGGGGCACCGGCUCGGUGCAAUCCAACGAUCCAGGCCUCAUCUCCGCCCACGGCAUCCCACCCGAUCUCCUCGCCCGCCUCCUCAUCGUUCCAACCCACGCCUACACCGCCACCGAAAUCCGAACCAUCAUCCAAACCCGCGCGAAGCUCGAUCCCGAGGCGCUGGACGAGCUCACGACACAAGGCGAGACGGUUUCGCUGAGAUAUGCGCUGCAAUUGCUUGUGCCGGCGAGCAUUUUGGCGCGGGCGAGAGGGAGUGAAGGGAACGUCAUUAGUGGUGACGAUGUGGCGGAGGCGAAGUCUUUGUUCUGGGAUGCGGGGAGGAGUGCGAAUCAAUUGAAGGAGAGGGCGUCGGAGUACAUCUCAUGA